AAAUAAACAUUCCUCUCUACAAUGGAAGGCCGUGUUUUUCCGGACCAAGAGCAGCUCUUGCAGUUUCUGAGGAGACUGAAGGAGGUUUUCGACGUGUGUGACGAGGAUGCUGACGGCUUCAUCCGGGUGGAGCACUUGGUGGACCUCGGUCUUCAGUUCGGUCAAGGAGACGAGGUGAAGAAGUUGACCAGAUACCUGGAUCCUAAUGCUCAUGGGAAGAUCAACUUUAAAGACUUUUGCCACGGAGUGUUUGCCAUCAAAGGUUGUGAGGAGAUACUGAAGAUGGCUGUGGGUCCUCGCAGUGUUACAACCAACCAGCCGUCUGUUACUGACAAUGGUUACAUUUAUCAGAAUGGUGAGGCCAAGCUGGGCCCUCCCAUUAUCAUGUGCACGCGAUCCUACCCAGAAUGCAGUGUGUAUGGCGGGAGUUGCGUUGCUGACGGGGAGUGUGACAUGGACAGCAGCGCUGAAAACGGCAACAGCUCUGACUCUUUGGACCCAACACGACAAGACAGCCGCCUGAUUGGCUCUGCAUCUGCAUCUGUCAUCUCUGGGGAGGAGCAGUUUGAGGACUAUGGUGAGGGUGAGGAUGUGGAUUUUACUCCCAGCAGUCCUUGUCCUGAAGAUGACACUCGAACAAAUGGCUUCUCAGACCUUGGAUCCUCCCUUCCCUCCAGUGCUGGGCAGACUCCUCAGAAGAUGCGGCAGCUGUAUAACAGUGAGCUUCUCGACAUCUACUGUUCUCAGUGCUGCAAGAAAGUGAAUUUACUCAAUGACCUGGAGGCUCGACUUCGAAACCUCAAGGCCAACAGCCCUAAUAGAAAGAUUUCCAGCACAGCAUUUGGACGUCAGCUGUUCCAGGCCAACCACAGUGUGUUUGGGUCCAGUCAGGGCAGCAGCACAGAAGAUCUGUUCACAGACAGCAUUGACUCCUGCGACCUUGACAUCACAGAGAAAGUCAGUUAUCUGGAGAAGAAGGUGACAGAGUUGGAAAGUGACAGUCUGGCCAAUGGUGACCUCAAGUCUAAACUUAAACAGGAGAACACACAACUUGUACACAGGGUGCAUGAGCUGGAGGAACAGGUGAAAGAUGCAGAGGCAAGGGCAGUUCAGAAUCUGGAGGAGGAGACAAAGAGGCACCGGGAUGUUUACAGCAAGAUGGAGAGGGACAGAAACCUAGAGAUAGACCUGCUCUGUAACAGGGUGCAGCAGUUAGAAGAGGAGAAUGGAGAGAUGAAGUUAAAUGUGUGCAGACUCAAGUCUCACAAUGAGAAACUGGACCAGGAGAAGCAGAAGACUACAGACAAGCUGGAGGACACGAGUCUGAGGCUGAAAGAUGAGAUGGACCUCUACAGGAAGAUAAUGGACAAGCUUUGGCAUAACCGCCAUGAGUUUCAGAAGGAAAAAGAGUCCAUGCAGGAGCUGAUCGACGAUCUACGCCGGGAGUUGGAGUAUCUGCAGUGUUUUAAGCUGGAGAUGGAGCAUCCAGGAAAGGGCAAGGGGCUGUCUGAGUACAACGCCAGGACCAGAGAGAUAGAAAUGGAACAUGAAGUCAAGAGACUGAAACAGGAGAACCAUAAGCUGCGGGAUCAGAAUGACGACCUGAACGCUCAGAUUCUCAGUCUGAGUUUGUACGAGGCUAAGAACCUGUUCUGCUGCCAGACCAAGGCUCAGUGCCUGGCAGCUGAGAUCGACAACGCGUCCAGGGAUGAGCUUGUCGAUGCUUUGAAGGAGCAGGAGGAGAUCAACCUGCGUCUGAGGCAGUACAUGGACAAAAUCAUUCUGGCCAUUCUCGACCAUAACCCUUCCAUCCUCGAGAUCAAGAGUUAAACCCCCAUCCACACACACACACACACACACACACACACACACACACACGUAUCCUUGUUGUACUGUAGUUGUGGAGAUUAGCUGCCUAUUAGCUUGUAACUUAAAGUUACAAUCCUUAAGAUUUCAGUCCUGUUUGAUUUGCUGACACCCCUGGUUACUGUGGCAACAGCAAGUGUAAUUUUUCACUGCAGGUUCCUUCCUAGGCAGCACUCCAAGAGGAGCUAUUUUGUCACAAAUGCAACAGUAGAGCAACUGACUUAUCAGUUUACAGUUCAGCCAAAGAAAUUCAUAAAACAUCAGUCAAUAAUUGGCCCCUUUUCCAUCAUGCCACAAACAGUUGCCAUCGGAUUUCAUGCUAAUGAUGCAAGUAGUCGCUCUGUAAUAUUUAAAAGUGAUUUGCUGUAAGAAAAGGCAGAAAAUUAACAUCUAGUUUUGUACAUUGUGCAUUUUUGAUCAUUUUGAUAAUUGGGAUUAACACUGACCCACUUUUUCUGACAUCUUCACACUAAAAGCUGCUCUUGUUGCACCAGCUGAAUACUUUUAAUUUGAACUAGCAGCAUUAGGAAAACCUGGGUUAUUAGCAUUAGCAGUAACUAAAUACAACUAAUUAUGAUUAUAAAUACAACUUGAAAACUGUUUGAUUUCAUGCAAAUCCUGAGGAUUAUAACUUUAAACUCAAGCCUAAAUUAUGAAUGUCUUAAAUGUUGUCACUAGUUAUGACUGAAACUUCUGCUCACAAAUGUAGUUACUCGGUUGGACACGGACACACACACACACACACACACACACACAAACACACAAUGUAUAUCUACACUACCGCAGCAGACCAUCUUCAUAUCCACUAGAGGCAAACAUGUAUUAAUGAGGCAUUCUGUGAAUCACUGUAGAACAACUGUGCCAUAUUUAAUCUACUCACCAGUGUUUUAUACUUAUUUAUUUGAAACUACUGAAAUGUGGGGACUAGAAAAUAUUUGAGAAUGCACAGAAAAGUAUUUUGACAUUCACUUUAUCUUGUUUAAUACCGGGUUCUACAAUUAUUGAUUACAACUGGGUUGUCACUUUUUGGGGGUCCAGAUGAAAACAGAGAUUUAAGGAGAUAAAACAAUCAGUGAUUUUAGAGCAUCUUUCCUUCAUUUCAUGGUGCUAUGAAAGUCACUUUGUAGAGACGACUUCAGUUCAGUACUCGUCAAUAUCAUGCUUGCUGUAUUGUUAUCAAAGUAUUAAUAUCAUGUGGCAAUGCCAGUCUGCUGUUACAGAGGCAAAUUGAUUUUCACAGUGUGUGGGAAUGAAGUGGGAACUAGAGAUAAGUACAGAGCUGGUGUCAGAACAUGAUUAGCUGUAAAGGCUGACAACGGGGGGAUGGUGUAGCUCUGGUAAAAUUUCAAACUCUCCUAAAGCACACUGUGUACAUACUUUGUCAAAUCUGUACGCAAA